CUAGGCGAGCAUUUCCCCCACUUGUAGGUCUCUCUGUGCUGUUUCGAGGAAGUUAUUGCAGCCGCAACCUUUAGUUUGGCCUAAAAAAUUCCUCUACGUCACUCAGUUUCUAUCACUGUUCCACCUUGACGUGAAGAACAGAACUGAGCCAGACCGAAACACACUGAAUUAGCUCCUAAGGACAGAAGAGGGUCAGAGGAGGACCACACCAGCAGGAGAGGAAGAGAGCAAGACCACACUAUGAUGGCUCCUGGGCGCCUCCUGUUGCUCCUGUGUCUGAGUCUGUCUGAUGUGGCCCCUGUCUGGCCCCAGUGUGAGCCCCUCUCCAUCCACAAUCUGAGUUGUUACUACAACUACAACAGACGCAUCAACUGUGAGUGGACGAGUGACACUUUACACAGAUGCAUCAUUCAAGGAAGCAAAACCAACGUGCACAAACUUAAAUUCUUUUAUGGCUACAGCUCCAAUUGCACUUUGGAACCCCCGGACCAGUCGGGGAUGAGGAGGUGCUCGCUGCUCUUCAAUAACCAGAUGAAGAAUUUUGACGUGUUGUCUCUGAAGCUGUCAUGUGACCACCUGUCCCAGAGUUUGGUCACCAGCUUCUUGGUGAAGUGCCAUGUGAAGCUGGAGGCCCCUGAUAAACCCGCGGUAAAUGGAAGCAGCCUCUCUUGGGCCUCUCCAAAGGUGGUCCAGGACACCUUAGAGUACGAGCUUCAGUUGAUGUCUCAGGAGCACCCGUGGGGGAGCUGGCCAGAGAAUUUCAAGUGUAAGGAGCAGUGCCGGGCAGAGCUGGACAGCGGGUCCCUGGUGCUGGGGGGCAGGUACAGCGCACGUGUCCGGGUUCGAAUGCCCAAACAAUAUUCCAGGGUGUCAGAGUGGAGCGACUGGGGGCCCACGCUGUCCUGGGAGUCUACAGUGGGAGAAGAGCAGAAAGGGUCUGGGACAGCAGGGUCUGGGACAGCACUUCUAGGGACCUUUGCUGUUGUGGUGACUGUCAUUUUAGUUCUGACUCUGAUGUUCUGGACCUCCAAGACCAACUGGGUGUACGUGAUGAAGUUCAUCAAAGGAGAUCCUCUGCCGAGCCCCACCCCCUCCGUCCUCAAAAUGGGCUGGAAGACUUCUCCCUUCAGCAGUGACUCUUUCCUGACCUUCUUCAGACCUGUGGAAAUAUACUCCUCCGUGGAGCUGCUCCCCACACCCAGACCCCCGCUGAGCCCCCUCCCUGACGACAAAUUGCUGGCCCCACCUAUCCCCUCGCUCCCUGGCCAGUCCAGCUUCUCCAACCCCAUUUACUCUCACCUGUGCCCCACCGCGCCCCUGCUGCCCUGCUCCGCCGACAGCCCGUACGGACCCCACCCAGACCCUAACCCAGACCCUAACCCAGACUCUAACCCAGAGCCGGAGCCUAACCCGGACCUCCCAAGUCACAUGGGAGAACUUCCAUGCCCUGAGCUGGAGCUGCUGCUGCUUCUUAUGUCUCAACAGUGCCAGGAGGUGCCAGUGAGUGACUAUGAGAGGGUGGAGGCAGUGGGGACCUUGGAGGAAAGGGUGCGGCUGCCCAGUGUGGACUCCGGUAUGGGCAGUGGGGAGGAGGUGAGCCACGACAGUCUGCACCUGAUGGAGGACCAAGCUUGUGGAAGUUCUCUGGUACAAGAAGAUCAAACUGGUCCACACCCCCCUGGAUCUCUCACACCCGUGAUAGGGACAGCUUAAAGGGACUGUGUUAUCUAGACUGUGUCCUCUGAUGAGGGCGCAUCGAGGGUUCAUGGGAGUUUGCACAACCAGUCUACAUGUGCUUUGUGGAUCUGGAGAAGACAUUUGACCAUCUCCCUUGUGGCUGGUGGUGUCCUGUGGGGGGUGCUUUGGGAGUAUGGGGUCCGGGGCCCUUUUCUAAGGGCUGUCCGGUCCCUGUAUGACCGGAGCAGGAGCUGUGUUCAUUACCAGCAGUAAGUCAGACCUGUUCCCGGUGCAUGUUGGACUCCGCCAGGGCUGCACCUGUCACCGGUUCUGUUCAUUGUCCUUAUGGUCAGAAUUCUAGGUGCAGUCAGGGGCUGGAGGGGGUCCGGUUUGGGGACCACAAGAUCAUCUCUGCUGUUUGCAGAUGAUGUUGUCCUGAUGGCUUCAUCAAAACAGAACCUCCAACAUGCACUGGGGGGUCUGCAGCCGAGUGACGCGGGUGGAAUAAAAACUUGUACUUGCAAGGAAGGCGUUUUCUGACUGAAUGAACCCCAUUUGUCAAAGUAAAGGUGUAGUUGGUCCUACAGUGAUGAGACGAGUUCAGAUUUUGCCCCCAAACAAGAUAGUGGCAGGUUUUCACUGGAGUACCUGCAGCAGUUAGUGUGCCCUUUGGCAAGACACUUCACCAGGUCUCUGUGUGUAUGUAUGUGAGCGUGACAGAGGAGAGAUGAAAAAGGUAUCAAAUGUAUAUAAAAGAGUGCAUUAUUAGAUUUUUGCUGCUGAUAUUAGAUCUUGAUAGUGUAUUUAUUUUAGAGUAACCUUGUGAUGUAGCCUGAUUUGAAGUGUGUGUGAUGCUAACUGCAGGGACUGCUCUGUCUACAGCUCUGUUUCUUAAGUAAGACUUUAAUCUGUGCUUUGUUUGGACCAGACAGAGGUCAUCUGAUUUGUGCUGUAUAACAAGACUGUCACUUAAAUAUGGCCAGAGAAUGUAUUAGAAAUGAAUGUAUUAGAAAUUUAAAGUUUAUUUAAAGUACUUGGAGAAUACCUGCUUUCUAUUUUAUAUUUUAUAAGAAAACACAAGUGGCACUAGGGAUGAUCUGAUAUGGGUUGCGUCAAUAACUGAAAACUUUUAAAGAGUGUUACAGCUGUAUUAUAACAUGACAUAUUUAGAUCACCAUAUUGUUUUAAAAAUGCUGUACUGUAAAAUGCCCAAAACAACA